UCAUUGAGAUGUGAUACUGCUGCAGUCGAUGAUUCCAUUGAGUGUUUUUUCACUGUACGUGGUGAUCUGGAUUUUGCUGAGCAGCUGUGGUGCAGAAUGAGAAUGAGUGUUGCCUCAUACCAAGAUUUGGUGAAAUGCUUUACAUUGAUCCUACAGUGUUUAAGACGUGGGGACAUACAGCCAUGGCUCCACAGAGGGAGUAGCAGUUUACUAAGUAAACACAUUCAGCAGUCUUACCAUGGACGCCUGGAUGUGGUUCCUCUCACUGGUACCACUCCAAUUCGAAUGCUUUUAGAAGUUGGUUUGGACAAAAUAAAGAGAGAUUACAUUAAUUUUUUUAUAGGCCAGGAACUUGCAUCCUUAAACCAUUUGGAUUACUUUAUUUGCACAUCUGUUGAUACACAGGAACAAGUUAAUCGGGUUAGAAAACUCCACCACAUCCUGGAAGUCGUAAUCAGUUCCAUGAUGUACCUUAAACUUCCACAUGAAGUCCUAUUUACCUUAGCACAGUCCUGCAUAACAUAUUAUAAGAGAAAUCCUCUUAAUGAGAAACAUACCUUUCAGCUGCCAAUCAGACCAAUUGUUAUAAAGAAUUUCUAUCAGAGUGAGACUCCACGAAAAUGGAGAGUAGAAAUAAGUAGUGGACAGAAGCAAGUGAAAACACUUUGGCAGCUGAGCGACACUCCAUCAAUAAGCCAUCUGAAUUUUAGCAGACAUG